UCUAUUAUGUACUAUCAAAUCCAAAUUACUUUAUUUAUUUCGGUUUGAUUUGGUUUUAAUUGGUUAAGGAGUAUGGGUCUAAAUAUAUCAUCAAAGUUGCAGCCUGAAACAAAGUACAAAUCCAACAAAGGAUCGUUAAUGGCACUUUUGAUUUUGUCGGCACCAAAAGAAAACAAUAAUCAAAUUGUUGUUGACAAAAACCCAAUAUCUCUAACUUUCGGUUACAACAGUAAUAUUAUAGUUUUGAAAUAUGGCUGCGAAGUUUUAUAUGUACAAUAAAAAGAAAAGAUAAAGUCAAAUAGGGGAUGUCCAAAAGAGAUGCGAGGAAUCAGCAACUAAUGGCAUGUGAGUUAAAACGAAACACAAAGCAGACAAACUAUUUGUGCUCAACACCGUCACGACUCACGACCAAUCUCCCCAAUGACUUCGUAACUAUUUACACUUCAUUGCCUUAAUCGCAUCUCUUUUGACAAGUCAUCACUCUUCACCUUUUCUUUUAUAUAAAAGCAUUUAUUAUUUAGUUUUUUGUUGCACCACCCCAAAAUUAUUAAAAAGUCAAAUCUAUAUACGUUCCUCGUUGUUGUCUGAUAAGUCAUAACAAUAAAUAAUAAAUAGAGACAGCUAUCUAAAAAGAGUUUACAAAUAUUUGUAUUUUCCGUGUUUUGACUUUGUAAUAAUUCUUAAUAUUUCUCCUACCCUUCAUAUUUAAACCCAACCCUCCUUGUCUCUUCUUCCUAAACCAAUUCUCAUCUCUUAAAUCUCAACUACUGCAUUUUAAAGCAAAAGUUUCAUUUCUUGAGAUUCGAUUUUAUUUCAUCAAGCUUUACUAUUUUUCAUAUUUUCUGGCUAGUCAAAAUGGAUCAAGAAAUAGAGAUUCCUUCUUUCUUUCUAUGUCCGAUCUCUCUAGAUAUCAUGAAGGAUCCGGUGAUAGUUUCAACCGGAAUAACCUACGACAGAGAUAGCAUCGAGAAAUGGCUCUUCACUGGUAAGAAAAACUCAUGUCCGGUCACCAAACAAGUCAUAACCGAGACCGAUCUCACACCAAACCACACUCUUCGUCGUCUGAUCCAAUCUUGGUGUAGUCUCAACGCAUCACACGGCAUCGAGACAAUACCAACCCCAAAACCUCCAAUCUCUAAAUCCGAGAUCGAAAGACUCAUCAAAGAUUCUUCAUCUUCACAUAAAAACCAAGUUAAAUACCUCAAAAGACUUCGCCAAAUAGUAACAGAGAAUAAUACGAACACGAGAUGCUUAGAAGCCGCAGAAGUUCCAGAGUUCUUGGCAAAUAUCAUCAGCAACUUAGUAGGUACUUCAUCGAGUCUCAAUGAUAUCUCAAACAUAUUGGAGAAUAGGUUUGAUUCUUCAAGAAGCUUAAUGGAUGAAGCUUUAAGUUUACUCUAUCAUCUUGACGCAUCGGAGACAGCCCGCAAGAGUCUUUUAAACAACAAGAAGGUAACAAAUAUUGUGAAGACGUUGACUAAGAUUAUGCAACGUGGGAUCUACGAGUCAAGAACCUAUGCAACUUUGCUUCUCAAGAAGAUUCUUGAAGUUGCGGAUCCGAUGCAAAUCAUAUUGUUGGAACGUGACCUUUUUAAUGAGGUGGUUCAGAUCUUGCAUGACCAGAUCUCUCACAAGGCAACGAAGUCAGCAAUGCAAAUCUUGAUGAUUAUAUGUCCAUGGGGAAGGAAUAGACAUAAAGCUGUGGAAGCUGGAGCGGUCUCCAUGAUAAUCGAGCUUCUUCUGGAUGAAAGUUUCUCAUCAGAGAGAAGGAAUGUAGAGAUGACGAUGGUGGUUCUUGAUAUGUUAUGUCAGUGUGCAGAAGGAAGAGCUGACUUCUUGAAUCAUGGUGCGGCUAUUGCGGUCGUGUCUAAGAAGAUAUUGAGGGUCUCUCAGAUAACUAGCGAAAGGGCGGUUAGGGUUUUGCUUUCUGUUGGGAGGUUUUGUGCGACACCAUGUUUGUUACAAGAGAUGUUGCAACUGGGAGUUGUAGCGAAGCUGUGUCUGGUGCUUCAAGUGAGUUGCGGAAACAAGACUAAAGGAAAGGCAAAGGAGUUACUUCAGCUUCACGCUAGGGUUUGGAGGGAAUCACCUUGUGUCCCAAGAAAUUUAUAUGCUUCGUAUCCUGCUUGAACAGCAUAUUUAUUAACUCUCAUCCGAUACAUUCAAUUCUAUGAGAGUUAUUCUUCGGAUAAGUUCAUUAAGAAAAGAAGAAAAUUAGACUGGUUUUAUUUUUGCUCAAAUUCAGUUUUUUCUUCUGCUUUUGUUAUAUCUUUCAAAGGUUCAUCAUCAUCAUGUAGAUAACAAUUGGAAAUUUUCAUGAAAUUAUGAGAUACUGCAAAGACAUAAAUGGAAUCACAAGUUACAUGGCUAUUGUUUCCCACUUGCUUGUUCAUUACUGUUAAACUGUUUAUUUGUAUGCUUCUA